AUGUCACAGGCCUCGCAGCAGCCCAGACAUGAUCAGCCCGCACCUAUAUCAACACCCGCUCCAACUACUAGCGGCGCUCAAAAGCAGCCGUCGCCCACUCCUCUCCCAGUAAACCAGAUUCCCCCCGGAGGCGCGCCAGCAAGGCGAUAUCUGAACGAUAACGUAACACCGGCGCUACUCGAGGGCAUGAAAAUGCUGGCAAGAGUGCAACCCAAGGACCCGUUGCUGGCGCUGGCGAAGUUCUUGGAGGAGCAACAUAAGGAACAGGAAGAGAAGGCGAAGGUCAAGGUUGAAGGAGGUAAUGGGAGCCUAUAG